UGUUUCCGAGGGGAAGGUCUUCCGGACGGACCCGGGGCGCGCGCGCUGUGGGUCCCGGCGGGCCGGGCCGGAGGGGGCUAGGGGCGGGGACGGCCGCCCCCCUCGCUGACGUCGCGAAAGGACCGAGGAGCGCUACUAAGAGGGACCUGGGCCCGGGGCGCGCAGAAUCCUGCCUAUGAAAUGCAGUUAACACAUCAGCUGGACCUAUUUCCUGAAUGCAGGGUGACCCUUCUAUUAUUUAAAGAUGUAAAAAAUGCUGGAGAUUUGAGAAAAAAGGCCAUGGAAGGUGCUAUUGAUGGUUCAUUAAUAAACCCUAAGGUGAUUGUGGAUCCAUUUCAGAUACUUGUUGCAGCAAACAAAGCAGUUCAUCUCUACAAACUAGGAAAAAUGAAGACAAGAACUCUAUCAACUGAAAUUAUUUUCAACCUUUCCCCAAAUAACAAUAUUUCAGAAGCUUUAAAAAAAUUUGGUAUCUCAGCAAAAGACACUUCAGUUCUAAUUGUUUACAUUGAAGAGGGAGAAAAACAGAUAAAUCAAGAAGACCUAAUAUCUCAGGUAGAAGGUCAUCAAGUUUCUCUGAAAAACCUUCCUGACAUAACAAAUAUUACAGAAGUCAAAAAGAUAUAUAAACUAUCUUCACAAGAAGAAAGUAUUGGAACGUUAUUGGAUGGCAUCAUUUGUAGAAUGUCAACAAAAGAUGUUUUGUGAAAUGACAGAAAUAUUAGAUAUUGUCAGCAUUUCUUUUUAAAAAGUGGAGUUUUCUUUCUUGAUUAAAAAAUGUAUAUAUGUUCAAUCGUAGAAAACACAGUGGUACAACAAAGGAAAAAAAAGCCACGCCUAAUCUUCUCUCUUAAUAUUUUAAAAGAUAGCCACUGUUGCUAUUAUGUGUUCUCGUCUUCCGAUCUGUUUCUAUUCAAAUAUAUUUCAUCUUUAUAAAAUUGGAAUAAUUGGG